CCGCUCUCCCUCAAAAUUCCCCGCACCUCAAGCUACCCAAUUCAAUUUCAAACUGCAGGCAGUGCAAUCUGCCUUCUCCUUCACAGAAUCACGCAGCUCCGUCCUCUCCAAUCCCCAUCCCCAAUCCCCAGCUGAAAGCAAAGCCAAGAAGGCACCAUAGCUCACACCACACUAGAGACACUAGACCACCACGAGACAGAGACGAGCGCCAUCCCCAUCCACCACCACCACCUCCCCUAGCUUCCGUUAGCUUCACUCCCACUGCUGCUCCUCACUCAUUGGUCGCUCCCUCCUCGCCCCGCUCUGCGCGCUAGAUCUCGCCCGCCGAAACCCUAGCGCUCCCCUCCCCACCGCAAUGCCGCUGGCGGCCGCACCGGUACGGUGAUGUCAAUGCAGCGUCGGGUGGGUAUGGCGGAUGGCGAGGCCAGGGGCCGGACGCUGGGAGCGGUCAUCAAGGAGAAGGACGAGGAGCUCGCGCUCUUCCUCGAGAUGCGCCGCCGCGAGAAGGAGCGCGGCGCCGCGGCAGAGCAGCUCCUGCUCUCCGGCCACGGCAACGGCGCGGCGGGGGACGGGCUCCUGCUCCUCGACCCGCCCCCACCCGCCGAGCCCAAGGCGGCGGCGCACAAGGUGACCGGCGGGUUCAGGAGGGCGCCCGGCGGAGCUGAUGACUUCCUCCAUGCGGACGGCGGCGACAAGAACGAUUACGACUGGUGGGGGCUUCUGACACCACCAGGAACUCCACUUUUCCCAUCUUUAGAAGCUCAGUCGAAAAAGUCUCCAGUGAGCCAAGUUGGAACCCCAAAGACUCGUCCAACUGCCUUAAAAUCAAGGUUGGCCAGUCAUCCAGAUCCUCUGUCAAGAACCAACCUCCCAUUAAGAACAGCAUCAUCCAACAGCUUGAACUCAGCUUCUACAACUCGUCGACCAUCAUCGUCUGGAGGGCUUACUUCUAAUUCAUCAAGGCCUUCAACGCCAACUGGACGCCCUGCAUUGACAGCUACUUCCAAAGGUUCAAGACCUUCAACUCCCACUUCCCGGGCAACUGUACCUGCAAAAACUGGAGCUUCUGCCCCGAGAUCAUCAACACCCACUUACAGGUCAACACUUCCUUCAGCCAGGUCAACCACCCCAUCCAGGGCAGCCGGCCCUGCUAGCAGGACAUCAGCUCCUUCAGGCAGAGCAUCCGCACCUGCUAGUAGGUCAUCAACACCUACUUCAAGGUCAUCGAUACCUGUUACAAGAUCAACCACACCAUCAUCCAGGCCAUCCAUACCGGCGCAAAACAAGCCUACAUCGAGGGCAUCAACCCUAACAAGGCAACCUUCUGCCCCUUCCACCCAGCAUGGUAACUUGGCUGCACCAGUUAGAUCAUCCUCAAUCUCCAAACAGGGAUCUACAAUGUCCAAAGGUUCUUCACCAGCAAAAACAGCAGCGCCAACACCUACAAGAGGCAGCUCACCUACUGUCAAAUCAAGACCAUGGAAACCAUCUGAAAUGCCUGGCUUCUCUCUUGACGCUCCUCCAAAUCUAAGGACAUCGCUACCAGAAAGACCAACCUCUGCCACUCGGGGUAGACCUGGGGCACCUAGUUCUAGGUCUUCCUCUGUUGAGAGUGGGCCAGCUGCUCGGCCAAGACGGCAGUCUUGCUCUCCCUCUAGAGGAAGGACUUUAAAUGGCAGUGUGCCUUCAGGGAGUUCCAUGCCGGCAGUGAGAAGAUCACAUCUCAACGGAGGUGACAGUGUGAACCCAGUUCAAAUGGGUAAUAAGAUGGUUGAAAGGGUGGUGAACAUGAGAAGGCUAGUUCCUCCAAAACAUGAUGAUCAAAGGUCCAGCCUCAACAGCCUAUCUGGUAAAUCUACAAAUUCUCCAGAUAGCUCUGGCUUUGGUAGGACAUUGUCAAAAAAGUCACUGGACAUGGCACUUCGGCAUAUGGACAUAAGGCGCAGUAUUCCAAACAAUUUACGGCCUCUUAUGACAAGCAUUCCAGCAUCAUCUGUUCAUAGCGCACGAUCUGGAUCCACAAGGAGCAGACGAAUAAGUGUUUCAGACUCACCUCUCGCAACAAGCAGCAAUGCCAGCUCUGAGCCGAGCGUCAACAACAACCUGAUGUGCCUGGACAGUAUUGAUAUCGAUGAUGAGUUGUGCAGCGAUAGAGCAGGACCCUAUGGACGGUGAUUCACUUAUUUGCAAUAGUAUAAAGGCACGAUUCUGAUGAAAUUAUUCGACUACAGAAUGUUCAGAGAGGCAGGGUAGAAGAUCUUCGAGAUUAUCUGACGAGCCUUAUUACUUUCUCUGUUAUAUGUAGGUUCUUUGAAUGUCCAAUAUUUAUCCAGUUCAUUCAUGUCAUGUCAUGAUAUGCUCCAUGCGCAAUUCAACUCUGGACCUUAUAUGCUAUUGAAAAGUGUCCUUUAUGCGUUCA